UGCCGAGGCCGCUUCAACCAGAGACCCCCGCGGCCGGCGUCGGGCCGGGCCAGGCCAUGAGGAGGGGCCGGGCCAGGCCUCGCUGACACCAGCUCCGCGCGGCGGCCUCUCUCCUCCUGCCCCUCGUUUUCCGCUCCGGCCUCUCAGCAUGAGCGUCCUACCGGGCCCGGGGCCGCUGCAGCCCCAUUCCCAUCGCCCGCGGGCGCAUUCCAGGUCCGCGGGUCCCCGGUGCUGAUCACCACCAGUACCACCGCACCGUACCGCGCUGCUGCCAGCUCGCUGCAUGCCCCCGGGGGGCGCGGCCAUGGAGGUGGUGGGAGACUUCGAGUACAGCAAGAGGGACCUCGUGGGACACGGGGCCUUCGCCGUGGUCUUCCGGGGGCGGCAUCGCCAGAAAACAGACUGGGAGGUAGCUAUUAAAAGUAUUAAUAAAAAGAACUUGUCAAAAUCACAGAUACUGCUUGGGAAGGAAAUUAAAAUCUUAAAGGAACUUCAGCAUGAAAAUAUUGUAGCACUCUAUGAUGUUCAGGAAUUACCCAACUCUGUCUUUCUUGUGAUGGAGUAUUGCAAUGGUGGGGACCUGGCAGAUUAUUUGCAAGCUAAAGGAACUCUCAGUGAAGACACCAUCAGAGUAUUUCUUCAUCAGAUUGCAGCGGCCAUGAGGAUUCUGCAUAGCAAGGGCAUCAUCCACAGGGAUCUCAAACCACAGAACAUUUUGCUGUCUUACGCCAACCGCAGAAAAUCAAGUGUCAGUGGUAUUCGCAUCAAAAUAGCGGAUUUUGGUUUUGCUCGUUACCUGCAUAGUAAUAUGAUGGCUGCAACACUCUGUGGAUCUCCAAUGUAUAUGGCUCCUGAGGUGAUUAUGUCCCAACAUUAUGAUGCCAAGGCAGACCUGUGGAGCAUAGGAACGGUGAUAUAUCAGUGCCUGGUUGGAAAGCCACCUUUUCAGGCCAAUAGUCCUCAAGACCUAAGGAUGUUUUAUGAAAAAAACAGAAACUUAAUGCCCAGUAUUCCCAGGGAAACGUCACCUUACUUGGCUAAUCUUCUUUUGGGUUUGCUUCAGAGAAAUCAGAAAGAUAGAAUGGACUUUGAGUCGUUUUUUAGCCAUCCUUUUCUUGAGCAAGUUCCAGUAAAAAAAUCUUGCCCAGUUCCAGUGCCUGUGUAUGCUGGCUCCGUCUCUGGAAGCUCCUGUGGCAGCUCUCCGUCCUGUCGUUUUGCCUCUCCACCAUCCCUUCCAGAUAUGCAGCAUAUUCAGGAAGAAAACCUGUCUUCCCCACCAUUGGGUCCUCCCAACUAUCUACAGGUGUCCAAAGAUUCUGCCAGCACCAGUAGCAAGAACUCUUCUGGGGACACGGACGACUUUGUCUUGGUGCCACAUAACAUCUCAUCAGACCACUCAUAUGAUAUGCCAACAGGAGCUGCUGGGAGACGGGCUUCCAACGAGUUCUUGGUGUGUGCAUGGCAGUGUCAGCCUACAGUGUCACCUCAUAGCGAAACAGCACCAAUUCCAGUUCCUACUCAGAUAAGGAAUUACCAGCGCAUUGAGCAGAACCUUACAUCCACUGCCAGCUCGGGUACCAAUCCACAUGGUUCUCCAAGAUCUGCAGUGGUUCGGAGGUCUAACACCAGCCCCAUGGGCUUCCUGCGUGUGGGCUCCUGCUCCCCGGCGCCGGGAGACACAGUACAGACAGUUGGACGGAGACUCUCUACUGGGUCUUCCCGGCCUUAUUCUCCCUCCCCUUUGGUCGGGACCAUUCCUGAGCAGUUCAGUCAGUGCUGCUGUGCGCAUCCUCAGGGCCAUGAGUCCAGGAGCAGAAACUCCUCAGGCUCUCCAGUGCCACCGGCCCAGUCUCCGCAGCCUCUCUUCCUGGGUGCAAGACUGCAGAGUGCACCCACUCUCACCGACAUCUAUCAGAACAAACAGAAACUCAGAAAGCAGCACUCUGACCCGGUGUGCCCAUCCCACUCCGGGGCUGGGUACAGCUACUCACCUCAGCCCAGCCGGCCUGGCAGCCUUGGAACCUCUCCCACUAAGCACAUGGGAUCAUCCCCACGGAGUUCUGAUUGGUUCUUUAAAACGCCUUUGCCAACAAUCAUUGGCUCUCCUACUAAGACCACAGCUCCUUUCAAAAUCCCUAAAACGCAAGCGUCUUCCAACUUGUUAGCCUUGGUGACUCGUCAUGGGCCUACCGAAGGGCAGUCCAAAGAAGGGAGUGACCCACGGGAAUGCUCCCACUGCCUGUUAGUCCAAGGAAGUGAGAGGCAGCGACCUGAACAGCAGAGCAAGGCCGUGUUUGGCAGAUCUGUCAGUGCUGGGAAAUUAUCAGAUCAACAAGGAAAGACACCAUUAGGCGGAUAUCAGGGCAGCACAGACAGUUUAAAUACAGAACGACCAAUGGAUAUAGCUCCCGCAGGAGCCUGUGGUGUUGUCCUGGCACCUCCCACAGGAGUGGCAGCAAGUUCGAAGGCUGUGCUCUUCACUGUGGGGUCUCCUCCACACAGUGCCACGGCCCCUGCUUGUACCCACAUGGUCCUCCGAGCAAGAACCACUUCAGUGGGGUCCAGCAGCUCGGGAGGCUCCUUGUGCUCCGCAAGUGGCCGCGUGUGUGUGGGCUCCCCGCCUGGGCCCUUGGGCUCUUCCCCUCCGGGAGCAGAGGCAGCUCCCAGCCUGAGAUACGUGCCUUACGGUGCUUCACCCCCUAGCCUAGAGGGGCUCGUCACCUUUGAAGCCCCUGAACUGCCGGAGGAGACCCUGAUGGAGCGGGAACACACAGAUACCUUACGCCAUCUGAACAUGAUGCUGAUGUUCACUGAGUGUGUGCUGGACCUGACGGCCCUGCGAGGGGACAAUCCUGAGCUGUGCACAUCUGCCGUGUCCUUGUACCAGAUCCAGGAGAGCGUUGUCGUGGACCAAAUCAGCCAGCUGAGCAAAGACUGGGGGCGCGUGGAGCAGUUGGUGUUGUACAUGAAAGCUGCACAGCUGCUUGCGGCUUCCCUGCAUCUUGCCAAAGCCCAGAUCAAGUCCGGUAAACUGAGCCCAUCCACAGCUGUGAAACAAGUUGUCAAGAACCUGAAUGAGCGAUAUAAAUUCUGCAUCACCAUGUGUAAGAAGCUUACAGAAAAGCUGAAUCGCUUCUUCUCGGACAAGCAGAGAUUUAUUGAUGAGAUCAACAGUGUGACUGCAGAGAAGCUCAUCUAUGACUGUGCUGUGGAGAUGGUUCAGUCGGCUGCGCUGGAUGAGAUGUUUCAGCAGACUGAAGAUACUGUUUAUCGCUAUCACAAGGCAGCCCUUCUGUUGGAAGGCCUCACCAAGAUUCUCCAGGAUCCCGCAGAUAUUGAAAACGUGCAUAAAUAUAAAUCUAGUAUUGAAAGAAGAUUGUCAGCACUCUGUUAUAGUACCGCAACUGUGUGAACAGCAGCCAUUCUGAGAACCGACCGUGGGGACAUGAAACGAUCCGUUCGGAAUGCGGCGUGUGCUCUGCCACCCCAUACCCAGGAAACUGUGGUUUCUUAUCUGGUGACUACCAAAGAAUGAGCAAUGAUUUCAAAAAGGAAAAGCAAUCCAAAAACUACUUAUUUGUAGAAAACCUGCCUUAUCGGAGAAGUCACCCCUUCCCUUUUUCUUUGUAAAAGCAGAAGCAAGACUAUUCCACUUGGCUCCCAGUUUGAACUUGGUAAAUAAAUGUACCUUAGAACUAGA